CAUUAGUUGUCCUAAUAGGUACUUUUAUUUGAUCAAGUGUUUUUAUCUCUUGAGCUUCUGUUCACUAAUUCUGCGCAAUGGAUAUGCUAGGAGGUCCUACAGAAGAGAAAAGAAACAUACAUCCAAUGUUGAAAAAAAUACUCAAUUAUGACAUUAAAGUCACAAAACAGUUUGUGGAAGCCGCACUAAAGACAACUGCUCUGAGGUCACUUCGAAAUCAUGCAAAAUUUUUGGAGGUAUCCUGCCAUGGCAUUGUGUGGCUGGCGGGAUGGCUCAGUUUCAUCUGGUUUUUUGACAAUAAAGAUCUAUAUCAGCUUCAAGUCAAUAUGUUAAUUGCUCUAAUCCUGGACAUUGUGGUAAUAGCAGUCAUCAAAGCAAUCGUACGAAGACGUCGACCAGUACCAAUGAACAAAUUAUUGGAGUUGGGACCUGACAAGUAUUCCUUCCCAUCUGGACAUGCAAGCCGAGCUACUCUAGUCGCAAUUACAUUAAUGUAUCUGGACCCUGUAUGGAUUGUCUUCUAUCCUCCUCUAUUUGCUUGGGUGACUGCUGUUUGUCUAUCAAGAGUGCUGGCUGAAAGACAUUACAUUUUAGACGUCCUAGGUGGGGUGGGUUUAGGGGUCUUGGAAGCUCUUUUCAUGUGCCUAAUCUGGCUUUCUCGAAAUGCUUCCAUAAGUAUUAUUUCCUCAUUAUCUGAUGAAAAGAAAGAUGGAGGCGAAUAUCAUGUCUAGUUUUGUAACUUGGUUUGUAGAUUUAAUGAAAAUUUAACAAA